AUGAAAUGUGUAAGAAAAAGAAGCACUGCUGAGCAGUUCGAGACUUGUGGCAUCUGGCUAGACACUGCAAAGUUAAAGAAGCGCAAAAUACAGACUCUCGUAUCCAAGCCAACUUCAAACAUGCCAAAUCCACUUCUUGAGACGAACUAUAAUAGUCACAUUUCAGUUAAUUUUACUCAGACAAGACUUUCUCAGCCAUACACCAGGCAAACUACCAUCUCUUCGUUCUUCAGCAUUCAACCAACAGGUGACGAGGAUGAUGAAGAAAACUUAAAGACAUAUCCUCUUAUGUCAAAUAAAGGAAAAGGCUCUGAUUUCUUGGCUGCCUCCUCUAUGAAGAGCUUUGGGGCUGCUAAGUUAGAGGAAGCCCAGGCACCAACCUUGAGCCCUCAGGAGGACAACAUAAAGGAGUGUAGCCAGCUGCUUGUACAAAACACACAAGGCUUGAACAUUCCCCCGUUGAAUUAUACCUUCCCACAAGCACAGUCUAACAGCAGGAGUGAGUGCACAGCCAUUGCAAGGACCUCUGCUGGUGAGACAGAAGACUUUCUCUCCAUAAACUUCACCCAGGAUUCAGAGGGAAAUAGGGUUCUAGCUCACAGGAAUUCAGCUGACUCAUUCACUGGAAGAAUAUCUGUAGCAAAUGGGAUAAUUUCAAGGAAGAGAGAGAGUUACUUUAUAGGAGAGAAAGAGGGCCAUUUGUGCUCCGAGAGGGGGAGAACUAGAGUGGGUCUCAAACCUACACACUUGAAGAAGCAAGGUAAGAGGAGAUGCAAAAACCUGCCCCCUGGUGGAAUUUCUUUUAUGGAUUUGUCAGAGGUUGAGAAUGUGUCUCCUGCACCCAAGGGUAAUGAAGGCCAGCAGACCAAUUGUCCUCUAUCCCAGGGGCGAACAACUAAAGCAGAGCUUUUGAGAGACAGUAGUCAAAAUUUUGCUGGCUUUUGGACAAGAAACUGUCACAAUAUGGCUGGUUCAGCAGAAGAGCAGGGGGCCAGUGCGAGUAGUCCUACCACACAGUUGUUUACCCAGGAUUCAGAGGGAUACAGAGUCAUUUCUCACCAGCGCUUCUAUGAGAGUGUCAGAUCACCGUUGCAGAAAAAGUAUCUACAGGACAAAACCAACUUUGUCCAUAGGGUGCCUAGCCCACCCUCUGUGGACUGCUUUAAGGUUUAUUCUUCAGGGGCAUGGGACAGGACUCCUUUAACUACUACAGCCAUGAAUUUAUGUGAGCCUGAGUCAUGCUAUGAUUUGUUAUUCACAGAGGAUUCAGAAGGAAAUAGAAUUAUCAAACACUGA